AUGCCGUCAUUGGCCGAUGACUCUCGGUCGGCCAGUUCGUCGUUCCCCGCAAUUCGUCCGCAAUUCGGCAACCAGCAGUCCCGCAAUUCGAUUCGUGCAGAGGGCAGGUCUCAGUUUGCUUUUUCAUUUUCUUCGAUCCACCGAGGUAGUGUGCCAGGGACGAUGGACCUCAGUCCGCAACAACUCUCGCCGCUGCAGAGUGCAUCCUCCUCCGGACGAGCUCCGUCAUCGGCACGGGGAGCCCUCGCCGGAGGCCGCCAGAUUACUCGAAAUCGUGCGAGUUACAGUUGCCACACCUGCCGCCGGCGCAAAGUCAAAUGCGAUAAGGUUCACCCCAUAUGCGGCAACUGCGCAAAGACUGGGGCCGACUGCAUAUACGAUGCCUCGUCCUCAUCGCAAACCACGGAGAAUGUGCGAGAGGGAUCUGUGCGACCCGGAUAUGGUGUGAAACGUAGGAGGGAAACUCCACGAACGCUGGAGGAGGAUGUGGAUGAAUUGCAAUCGAUAUACGGCCACCUGAGAGAAGAGGAUUCACCUGGUGGACAAAAGGGGAACCCGCACGCCAUUGAGGCUCGACUCGACAAGCUCAUGUCAAUGAUCGAACGACUCGGCGACAAUCCUCAUGCGCUCGAGGAAGCGGAAAGGCAAGGUGUAACUCCAACGGGAGGCAUCGAGUCUGCACUCCUGGACCAAUUGCGGCAGAGCGGUGGCUUUCAAAAUGGACAGUCGACCUCUUCUCGGCGAUCCAGUCCACGACGCACUGCAGCAGAGUCGAGUGGCGAUGAGUUCCCCAUUCCUUCGGGUCAAGCAACCGACCUUGUCGAUCCGGUUGGAAGCUUAAACCUGGGACAUUUGAGCUUGGAGGAUGGAGGAAGAUCCAGAUAUGUGGGAACGACAUAUUGGGCUUAUAUCUCCCACGAGAUAAACGAUCUUAAUCAAUUGCUGAGAGAUCAAAAUCGGUCACACGAUGUAUUGUCAGAGAGCGCGAAUGAGGACCUCAGCAAUCCUGUUACCGGCUCAAGAAGACCAUGGAAAGAAUCGAUUGAUAGCUCUACAUUCUCCAAUACCUCUCGAUCUCGAGGUGGAUCCUUCCAGCAAUCCAUCAUCUUCCCAUCCGGUGACUCUCCAUCGAUCAACGAGAAGACAGUUGAGCCCGAGAUGCUCGAGCAUGUCCCUACACGACGGCAAAGCCACCUCUUGUACAAAGGUUUCAUGUCGGGUAUCCACGCCAUCAGUCCCGUCCUUCAUCCUCCGACUAUCUUGAAACUCUACAAUGCUUUUUGGGACUGGUAUGACUACACCAGCUAUUCUGGAGAACCUUGCCCGAAUCCUUCGUUUGUGCCAUUGCUCUAUGCCAUCUGGUACGGUGGUUCUGUGACGAUAUCCCUCAGGACCAUCAAAGCCGAGUUCAAUGCGCCCUCUCGUGUUUCACUUUCUGCGAUGUACAGUGAGGAGGUGACCCGCUGGUUAACGAAAAUUUCUUUCCCUCGCAGUCCUUCUCUGCAAGGACUGGCAGCUUAUCUCAUCGUGCAGACCAUAUUGUCAAAAGAGGAAGAGCCUUUGACAAGCAGUCUGUUCGUGAGUCUGGCCAUGAGAGUGGCGCAGACGAUGGGCUUACAUCGCGAUCCAGCCAAUUUCGGGAUCGAACCGUGCGAGGCAGAGUACCGACGACGGCUCUGGUGGCAUAUCAUGCACAUGGAUGGUGUGGUUGCCAUGUCGAGUGGUCUCCCUCCACUCGUUAGCGACGAGAAUUACUGGGAUGUGCGGGAGACUAGCGAGAUCAAAGACACCUUGCUAGGCACCCCAAAAGCCGAGCAAUAUGAAAAGCUCGUUGCCAAUAAGCAAAGGUUACCCGACAACCCUGACGAUCCAUCUGUUUGUGGCGGCCCGUCAAUGGUGAAUGUCUUCUAUUUGACCGCCCGAGGAAAAUACACUAUGGCUCGUGCCGUUCGAAAAAUCCUGAAGAUUCAGCUCGGCACUAAACCGGUUACACGUAGCGAUAUGGAGGAAUUGCGAACGAUCCUUCUCGACCUGCAGCUGAAGCUGAAUUCAAUAGUGAAUAGGAUCCCGGAGGGCUUGCCUACUGGCAGUCCUUCUGUGUCAUCAGGGCGGGCACUAUCCAUGUCCAAAUCUCCCGUUGAAGCUCGAUCCACCGAAACGGAGCUUCCAGGUGAAGGUCCAAACGGCUGUCCAGAACAAUACCACACUGCAGUUCUUGUUUCAUUCCACAAGUGGGCACGAAUUAUCCUGUCGUUAUAUAUUGACAAGGCAUUUUGCGUUGCAUAUCAACCCUUCCUCAAGAAUGCGCGCAGUCGGAUUUGGCCGGCAGCACGGCAAAGUGCUCUUCGUCACUGUCACGGAUUCAUGGAAAAGUUUAUUCAGCUUGCGACUGACCCCGACUUUCAACCUUUUCAAUGGAGCUGGCCUGGAAAUCAUCAACCUAUGCAUGCAACGAUGAUCAUGCUCAUUGACUUAUACGAACGACCUUACAGCCCGGAGGCUUCACGCUCGCGCGCGUUCAUUGACCGCAUAUUGGCUCUUUCUGGCCCUGACGGCGGCGUAGUUGGUGGUGAAGAUGGCAUCUCAACGCAACGGCCACUCAAAGACGGUGGCCGUGAAGCAUGGGACAUGAUCCGUCGCCUUCGCCAAAAGGCAUGGCAAAAAGCUGGAUUAAACCCACAAAUGCUGUGGACCGAACAGGAUCAAAUUCAGGCGGGCAUAGCAUCACCAGCAGGAGAAACCCGUGGCUCUCGUGGUCCCUUCUAUUCGGGAACAUCUUCAGUGCCUGGAUCACCCGGAUUAUCCGCUAUGUCCUCACGUCAAUCCACCGCUCCCGAUCGCCAACUCUCCGAUUUCAACCGCAUGUUCUACAACAUGACUCGUUCUCACAUCCUCCCUAGUCCCGCGGUCUCUUCCGCAUCUGUCAAGCCGAGCCCCCUUCGAUACUCAUAUCAACUACCCCCACCAAACCGAACCUCCGCCCCCCUGCCAACUCCACAAUACAACCCCACACCAGCAGCUGUCACUCUGCCAGCUCCCGAGAUUCUUCCUGCACCCGCUCCUAUUGCAACUUCUCCCCAAGUUGCACCAUCGCUUGGUUCUCCUUCCUCCCCUCAGCCUAGGACUACCUCUUCCACCGCUUCAAUUCUUCGUCCAGAGCAGCAUCUCUCCGGCAUCACGACCUCCCCGGGCAUGCCCUUCAUGGAUCCAUUUGCCUCAAAUCCACCUCCAACGGGUGUUCCCACUCCACCUUCCAUGGUCGAUCCCAAUCUGAACUUCGACUGGGAUCAAUGGGACGCUGUCUUUGGACAGCAUCUGCCAGUUGCCGAUGAGUUGAUGGAAUUGGAUCCCGUCUCUGGACUGGAUUUUGCUAAUCUCGGGUUCCCUACUGUCAGUAAUAAUGCAAAUUUGUCAUUCAAUGGCCUAUCGGAUUCGGCCUCCGCUGGUAAUGGGAAUUUGCCGCCUGCUUGGAUAGAUAGUGGUUCGGGAAACCCCGAGGUUCCGUCUAGUGACUGGCCGGGAUAUUGUUGAAAUGUUGAAGAUGAUACCAUACACAUAGACUAUUCAUGUAAUAUAUCAAACGAUUGAAUACGGAUA